CCCGCCUGCUCCGCUCUUCCACAACUCAGGUUAGCUUCUUAGCUAGCUUAGUAUUUAAACACAGUGUUGCUUAGCAUUAGCUUGGUGCCGUUCAGUUUAACCGGGAACGACAGGCUCUGCCACAUUCACAGCACUACUUUGGUUUGUUUUGCAGAACUAACGCGAGCUGAUGUCCACUAAACCACGAAUAAUUACAUAAGUAAACGGAUGGACAUGUCCAGCAGGCUGGCAGUUUGGCAACAGCUGGCUGAGAGCUGUGGUCUUAGUACAGUCCGUCAGGGCCUACAGCAGGUCUGGAGGCUGCUGCUGCUCUGCCUGAUCUGCAGACUUUGCUUCAGACUGGGAGGUGUGUCUACUAUGAAGCAUGUAGUGUCAGUGUUGGCUGGGAUGUACAGCCUCUUCCUGUUCUUUGAGUUGCACAUGCUGUGGGUCCUGUUGCUCAGUGCACUCUGUUACAUUGUUCUCCUGCUCAGUCGACACUCCAGCACCAGAGGCCUCUUCCUCUCAGCCGUCAUCCUCAUCUACCUCCUCAUUGGAGAGUUGCAUUUAAUUGACAUGCUGACCUGGCAUAAAAUAAGAGGCUCUCAGAUGGUGGUGGCGAUGAAGGCCCUCUCUCUGGCCUUUGAUUUGGACAGAGGAGCAGUGGGCAGCCUACCCUCCCCAGCUGAGUUCCUGGGCUAUGUUCUCUUUGUGGGCACUGUUGUCUUUGGUCCUUGGAUCAGCUUCUCUAGUUAUAAGAACGCAGCUGAAGGCAGAAAACUGAGCUGGUCAUGGCUGCAGAGUUCCUGCAUAAGCCUCCUUAAGAGUCAACUCUGUCUGCUGGUCUCCACCUGCAUCGCCCCUUACCUCUUCCCUUUGUUCAUCCCUAUUGAUGGAAACAUAGUCACUCAGAAGUGGCUGCAUGCUUAUGAGAAUGCAGUGUCUUUCCACUUCAGUAACUACUUUGUGGGUCACCUCAGUGAAGGCACCAGCAUGCUCGCUGGUGCAGGCUUUACUGAAGAAAAAGACAACAUUACAUGGGAUAUGACUGUGGUGAAGCCUCUCAGUGUGGAAAUGCCUCGCUCCAUGGUGCUGGUGGUGACAUCCUGGAACAUCCCCAUGUCCCGAUGGCUGAAAACCUAUGUCUUUAAAAAUGCCAUGAAACUGGGGAUUUUUCCAGCCAUCCUGGUGACAUACACAGCCAGCGCCUUACUCCAUGGUCUGAGUUUUCACCUGGGAGCUGUUUUACUCUCUUUGGGAUUCAUCACAUAUGUUGAACAUGUACUGAGAAAGAAGCUUGCAUCCACCUUCAGUGCCUGUAUCCUGUCUAGGCCCUGUAACUCUGGCUGCGGCCAUCAGCACAAGAAGUUCCAGGCCUGUUUCACCUCUGACAGAAGUGUCUUUGUUGCACCUCUAACUGCACUCAACAGUGAUGUCACAGGCUGCUGGAGUACGCCUGCACAUCGAUGCAGCAAGGAGUAUUGGGUGGUGGUGCUGAACCUUGUCUUUAGCUUCCUGGCCAUCUUCCACCUCACCUACCUGGGUUCUAUGUUUGAUCCCGGAGUUGAUGAGUGGGAAGUAGAAGAGGGUUACGCAGCCAUCCACACCAUCCAGAGGUGGUCUGAACUGAGCUGGGCCAGCCACUGGGUUGUGUUUGCUUGCUGGGUCUUCUACCGUUUAAUUUAGUGACAUUGGAGCAGAUGGGCAGGACGGCAGACACCAGGUUCUUCAUAAUACAAAGGGUUUGUGUCAGUGAAUAUCAAAAUGUUGUUAUCGGAUGGGAAUGAAGGACGAGGUACUGCUCAAGAGGAAAGGACUUGUUAGAUAGGUGGAUGACUACAUCUGUGCUUGGAUAGUUCUCAAAGAUAGAGAAAGGAUACUUUGGAUGUGAAGAUGAAGUUAAUAAACAAACCUCUUCAGACCUGUUGGGAAUUGUGACCAGUCUGUUAAGAAGAGAUGGUUUGGCGCAGAGUGAGAAUGUAAUGCACAUACCUAUAGUUUAUUGUAUAAGCCCUGUGCAUCUUGCAUUAAAGGAUCAUUUCUGGACAUAUUGAAAUGAACUGCAGAAAAGGAUCAGUCCACUGAUUUGAAUGCAUGGAAAAUAUGAUCAGAAGAAAGAAACACUACAUGUAAACCCUCCUAUACAUUCAACAUUUACUUUGGCCUGUAGACAGCUGUUUGGAGAAAGGCAAGGUUAAAUGUACUUGGUCAAAUCUACACUUUCGAAUUAGUACUGUUGUAAUGUUGGUGUUAAACAAUGUCAAUGUCCAGAAAUAUUUCAGCAGUUUAGCAUGUUUAAGUAUACAUACCUGUAGAUUUUUAUGUUCUUCUGUUACAACUGUAACUGUUACUUUGUUUUUUGUGUUUUUUUUCUAUUAAAUGUUUCUGUGAAUCUAAA